AUGACAAGAGGUUUCGACGAGCCUCGCACUCACAACCAUCAGGACCAAGAUGCCAUCGACUUCACGGAUAACGACAUCUCCUCCCUGGGCAACUUCCCCUUCUUCCCGCGCCUCCACACCCUCCUCCUCGCCCGCAACCGGGUCAAGCACAUCCAACCCACGCUGGCGUCGUCGGUGCCGAAUCUGACGACCCUGGUGCUGACGGCGAACAACAUGACCGAGCUGGCGGAUUUGGAUCCGCUGCGCAGUUUGACGAAAUUGACCCAUCUGGUUUUGAUGGAGAACCCGAUCACGAGGAAGGAGCACUACCGGUACUGGGUGAUCUGGCGCCUCCCGACGGUCCGCUUCCUGGACUACCAGAAGGUCAAGGAUGCCGAGCGCGAAAAGGCCCGCGAACUGUUCGGCACGGCGGAGGCGCCGUCCGCCCUCGCCUCCAAGAUCAUCGGCAUCAAGUCGCGCACGUUUGACGUCCCGGCUGGCGGCGCUGACCGCGCGCCGGCCGACAAGGCGGUGCGCGUCAAGCUGACGGAGAAGGAGCGCAAGCGCGUGGAGAAGAUGAUUCGCGAGGCGCGUAGUCUGCAGGAGAUUACGAGAUUAGAGAAGGAGCUGAAUGAGGGGCGGAUACCCGGUGGAGCGCUUGGUGAGGAUGCGGAUGAGAUGGAGACGUGA